GUCAUGUGUAGACGAAACAGCUCAUAAGCUGAAACUUAAACAUUUUUACCAUAAUCUUCUAAAAUUUGUACUUAAUAUUUCAAGGACAGCAUUACUUAACUUACCAAUGUCGAACAUAAACUAAACCAUGACACAGAUAUUUCAGUAAUUUUGAAUUGAGUGCAAAAAUCAUUUUAACCCAGGCAAACGACAAGCAAAAUGAUUUUUAUCCUGAAGUUUGUUAUGUUUCAGCUCGUUUAUUUACAUAUAAAUGCAUGCACUGACUUGGAACUGCUAACGAAUCCUGUGGUAUUUAAUGAAAAAGUACAACUUGCAUGCAAAGCAAACGGAACCGAGAUUCCGCUUGAUAAACCACACAGCAGAAGCUGGUCAGGUGGACCCUAUAAUGCAUUAUUGUGUAUGAAUGGCAUUUCUGCAAACCGUUUGAAAUAUAAUGAGAUACCAGGAAAAGACAAAUCUCAAUACAUCUUAGAAAUAAACAGCUUUUCGGAGUCUGAUGUAGAUUGUGAAUAUAAAUGUCAAUUUGGUGUAGAUAUAACACGAAAAACACUUCAGCUCAACGAGGAGGACUAUGAAUAUAUACCAUCACCAGAAACAACUACUGUAACUGCAACUUUACAGCAUGGACAUUUCCGUGUAAACGUUCAUUUUGAUAAAAUAUGGCCGACUCCAAUUUGUGAAAUCAUAUUUGAGAAAAUCAACUUUGGAAAACGUAUUGAAAUGUCAAAAAGGAAAAAUGGAAAAUUAUAUGCUGUGGAUAUUAGUCUACAGCAUGCCUUCAGAAAAGAAGACUGCAAUGGUGAAAUGGUAAUUUCGUGUAAGAUUGGAACAAAACACAUCGAAGUUCAGAGAAAACAAUUCAACACAUGCCCAAUCAAUGGUCAUAGCAAGAAGAGCAGCUUUCUUAACGAUUACGCGCUUAUAGCACUGGUAGUUGCUGUGUUUAUGAUUUUAGUUAUGGUUUUUGUCAUUAUGGUUUUCCUGAUAAUUAAACAAAAAGGCUACAUCAGUUCAAUUUGUGAGGAAUUAUGUUUUUAUUCUAGGAAAACUCGUUACGAAACACAAGAGAUACCAUCACCGGACGUAACAGAUGUGAGAAUUCAUUUGACCUCAGAGCAACAACAUUGACUUUGAGAACAACAUGCAUAAUUUCGGGGCCUUUUAUAGGUGUCUAUGCAAUAAGGGCAGUUAGGUGACCUUUAUUUGUUAAUUUCUGUGUCUCUGAUUAAUAGUUGUCCAUUUGCAAUCAAACCACAUCUUCUUGUUUAUAUGUUCAUGAAUUUGUGUUAUCUAUUCAUUUCAAAUUAAGUUUUUCUAUACGUUUUGAAUAUAUGAGGCAGCGGUUAUAUGCUAAACAAAAAUCCUUGUAGUACAAAAUGAACAGCCUAAUUUGAAAACAAGACUUUUUUUGUAAAUAUUAAUACACAGUUUAAUUAUGGAGGUCAUUCCAACAGUGCAAUACAUGUUGUAACUUUUUUGACAAAAGUUAUAGAAUUUUGUUCUUCAUUCAUCACAUGUUAUUAAAUUAUUUUAUUAUCAUAAAGAUUUAAGAAGUUGAAGGACUGUAUUUAUCAGAGAGGGGGAAAUAGAGGCUGGAUGGGAUGGGUGUGUGUGGACGGAUAUUGUAAAUUCAAGGCUUUGUCAUGGUUAGAAAAGGUGCAACUCAGAAAUAAUUUUUUGAACGGCAUAUACAAAUAUCUAUCACACAAAAUAUAGGAAAUAUUUAUCCGAAGAAAAUAUAUUGUAAAAAAAAUUACAAUGUUGCAUCGUUGUUAAAAAUAAUCCAAAUUUUGGUGUUUGUGAAAUAGAGACAAAUAAUAUUUGAAACACUAGGUUUAACCACGACGCAUAUAACGUCAUUCCCUUAUUUGGCACAAUGUUUGUUUUACAAUUAUAAUAUUGUUGAAACAUCAUAAUUGGAAGGGGUUGAAACAUUUUCCAUUAAAUUUUCUAAAAAAGAAAUUAUAGAAAAAAAAUACAGAACUAAUUGAACUGAUCAUACUAUUUGUCGUAACUCAGUGAAAUUAAGUUAAAUAAAUAUAACACAUGGGGAACAUGUCUGUAACAACUGUGUCGCAUCUUUUGUGACUAAUAAGUUUACUGUCAAAUUUUUUUACUUAUGUUUAUCAUAUAUUACAUGUAUUAGCUAAAUGUGAUAUUUUAUAUUUUAUAUCCCCCCACUUUUUUUUUAUUACAGGUGUGUAUUUGUUAACACAACACUCUAUAUAUUUAUAUAUAUACAAAACAUAUUUAUGAUCAGAUUUCACCGUACAGUUUUGAUAGCAAAUUAAAUUUAUUCUUGUUUUUUUCUUUAGACUUUUUUCAUUCAAGCAAAGAUGUCGCGCUUCAUUAAAAAAUGAUUGCAUUGUCUAGUUUCUCAAUUUUUUUUUAUCAUAAUAUAUAAUUUUAAAGGGGUAUCUGGUCUAAUGCAAAGGACAUUUUAGAAUUUGCGUGUACAUAUAAGUAAUUAUUUUUGUUUUUUAUUAUUAUUUUGUAAUCUUCGAAUACGAUAUGUAUUUAAUAAAUGUACCUAAAAACC